AUGGACUUUCUCAUUCUUCCAAAGGUGACUGUGAACCUUCCAACCACAACUACCAACAAGCAUAACUGGUCAUUUCCAAUAGGAGUUCAACUAGCAGACCCGGCGUACUUCGAACGCAAAGGAGUUGAUCUAGUACUCGGUAUAGAAUCCUUCUUUGAUUUCUUUCAAACGGGACGGAGGAUUUCCUUGGGUGCAGGGAAUCCCUCUCUCAACGAAUCUGUUUUCGGCUGGAUAGUAAGCGGUGGUAUUUCGGCGCCUAACCGCUCGUUACAAAUCAGCUGCAAUGCGUCAACUUUGGAUGACCUUGACAUGCUGAUUUCUCGAUUCUGGUCCUGCGAAGAAAUGGAGUCAGGCAAGGCUCUUUCGCCUGAGGAAAGGAGGUGUGAAGACAGCUACAUUCGUACAGUUCAACGAAGUUCAGAUGGUCGCUACACCGUCUCAUUACCGAAGCAGGAAGAAGCCAUCUCGCGGUUGGGAGAUUCUAGGAAUAUCGCAUAUCGGCGCCUUCAAGGGACUGAACGGCGUUUGGCUCGGGACCCAUCGCUCAAAAAACAGUACCACGACUUCAUGGAAGACUACUUCAAGCUUGGGCACAUGCGAUUGGUGGAGGAAGCAGAAUUGGAAGCUGUGAAGCGGUGCUAUUUACCGCACCACCCCGUAGUCAAGGAAGCGAGCACUACGACUAAGGUACGGGUGGUGUUUGACGCCUCGUGUAAGACAGCAACUGGUGUAUCACUCAACGACGUACUUCUGGCAGGGCCAGUGGUUCAAGAAGAUCUCCGGUCAAUUAUAUUGCGUACCCGGACACGACAAAUAUUGCUCGUUUCGGAUGUCGAGAAAAUGUUCCGCCAGAUACUUUUUCCUUCAGAGGAUCGUCCACUCCAAUGCAUUUUGUGGCGCACUUUAUCCGAUGAAGUUGCUCGUACUUACGAGCUCAGCACCGUAACAUAUGGGACGAAACCGGUGCCAUUCCUGGCGACUAGGACCUUGCAGCAACUGGCCUUGGAUGAGGAGAAAAAUUUCCACUCGCCGCAAAGGCGGCUCUCGACGACACAUAUAUGGAUGACGUGA